UCUCAAUCUGACCACUACCUGCCAUCGGUCGUCGUGGAUUCUCAGCAACUGGAAAGAUUCAAAUCAUCAGGACAUAACAGCAUCCACCCCAAACAUCAAAAGCUCAUCCAACACACACAACCAAUCACCCAAGAUAUAUAUACAUAUAAAGAAAAAGAAAAUGACCACCGCCAAACCCACCACCAAACAAACAGUAACCUGGUCCGACCUCCCCGCCUGGCAACGCGACAACCACUACAUCCACACGCACUACCGCCCAGCCAGCUCCUCGUACCUCAAAUCGCUCCUCUCGCUAACAUACCUACACAACGAGUCGGUAAACAUCUACACGCACCUCAUCGGCAGCCUAACCUUCCUGCUGCUCCCCAUGAUAACGCACAAAUCGCUAACAACGCGGCACGCAACGGCAACGGUCGAAGACGCGCUCGUCUUCACCGCCUUCUUCGGCAGCGCAGUCGCGUGUCUGGGGAUGAGCGCAGCCUACCACACCAUCUCGAACCACAGCCACCGCGUCGCGGUGUGGGGCAACAAACUCGACUACCUAGGCAUCGUGGCGUUGAUCUGGGGCAGUUUCAUCCCCGUGCUGUUUUAUGCGUUCCAGGAGGAUGUGCGGUUGAUGAGGUGGUAUGGCGGCAUGAUUACGUCGUUGGGGGUCGCGACGGCCGGCGUGGCUACGCAGCAGCGGUUCCGCACGCCUGCGCUGCGGCCGUUCCGCGCCGCCAUGUUUGUUGCUAUGGGGUUGAGUGCUGUUGUGCCGGUUGUGCAUGCCGCGAGGCUGUAUGGUGUGCAGAGGUUGAGGGCGAGUGCCGCGUUGGAUUGGGUCGUUUUGCAGGGCGUCUUGUAUAUUGUUGGCGCUGCUGUUUACGCUGCGAGGUUCCCCGAGAGGACGUGGCCUGGUGCGUUCGAUGUUUGGGGGAGUAGUCAUCAGAUUUUUCAUGUGUUGGUUGUUGCUGCUGCGGCCGUGCAUUUGGUGGGGUUGGUGAAGGCGUUUGAUUUUGUGCAUGAGAGAAGGGGAGGUGUGGCCAAGUAUGUGGUAUUAGCGGAGAAAGGGACGUGGUAUGGUGCUUAG